AAAAUAUUCUAUUAAAUAUGUAUUUAAUAUAAAACAUAGAAUGUGCAUAAGUGAAAAUAAAAAGUAGUGGUUCCAUACAAAUUUAGCAUUUUUGCAAAGAAGAAUUAAAAUAAUUUAUGUUUGUGGCGAAUGACGUGAAUGGAAAGAAGCAACAGCUGAAAAAAUUCAAUCAAUUUUGUGCACAAUUGCUAAGCAGCACUACAGGAAUUUAGUGUAUCCAUUUGCAAAGCAUCAGCGGGCAAAGGUUCAGGAAUUUAUGUACGAUGAAAACGACAAUUGAUUUUGAGGAAUGUCUGAAGGAUUCACCCAGGUUUAGACAAUUCAUUUCAAGAGAAGAAACUGAUAUCGAACACUUGGAGCAACGUUUGGAAAAAAUCAUUAAAUUAUGCAACGUAGCAGUGGAUUCGGGGAAGGAGUACAUAAAGAAUCAAAGUGCUUUUGCCAUGUCCUUAUGGGACUUACAACAACAUUUUGCUGAUAAUAAAAAUGCUCACAAUGCAUUGGGAAAGCUGAUACACUGCUUUCAGGAGAUGAAUAAGUUUCAUACCACAUUGUUGGAUCAAGCUAGUCGGACGGUGCUCAAGAAUUUAAGUGUUUUUAUUAAAGACGACAUCAAUCAAGUAAAAGACUAUAAAGGCCAUUUUCUGAAGGUUUCGGAGGGCUACGACAAUGCUCUAAUUAAGAACGCUCAAGCAAGUAAAAAUCGACCACAAGAAGUACAGGAAGCUGCUAACAUUUUAUCAGCAACAAAAUCUUGCUUUCAACACACAGCUUUGGAUUAUGUAAAUUAUAUAACAUUAGUGCAGUCCCGAAAAGUACCAUCAAUAUUAUCUACGUUGCUCGACUACUAUCAGGCGUGUGUUACUUACUAUCAUCAAGGAUUCGAUUUAUGCAAUGAUUUUGAUGAGUUCUUCAAAAACAUUUCCGAAGAUUUGAAUUGUUUACGUGGUGAUUAUCAACAACUGGAGAAAGAAAUGCAGAAUCGUCAUAUGAGCGUCAACAGCUUCAGCGAUACGAACACAAAUAGCACUUCGAAUAAAAUUGAAGGUUAUCUAUUCAAAAAGAAAUCGAAAGGUUUUAAAACAUGGUGCAGACGUUGGUUCUAUUUAAGUGACAAUCAAUUGGUCUACAGUGAUUUGGAUUCGCAUUACAGAAAACGUUGUAAUGAGGAUUCUUUCUCUGUGAUGGAAGAGGAUUUACGUAUAUGCACAGUUCGGCCGGUUAACGAUGGCGAUCGACGUUUCUGCUUUGAGGUUAUCUCACCAACAAAAUCUCACAUACUACAAGCUGAUUCGGCUGAUAUGCUUACACUAUGGAUUUCCGCUUUACAAAAGAGCAUAGGUGCAGCAAUACAACAUGAUAGUCAAAAUUCCAGACCACAUUCAUCGUUAGCGGCAAAUGCAUUAAAUUCCAAGCGAAAAAUACACUGGGAGCAAUUUUUAAAAAUACCAGGCAAUUCAAAGUGUUGUGAUUGUCGUGGCAUUGAUCCACGUUGGGCUUCCAUUAAUUUAGGCAUCACAUUGUGCAUUGAAUGUUCUGGUGUUCAUCGUAGUCUUGGCGUACAUUAUAGUAAAGUACGUUCACUCACGUUGGAUGCUUGGGAGACGGAAAAUGUGAAAGUCAUGAUGGAGUUGGGUAAUGAUGUUAUUAAUCGUAUAUAUGAAGCACGUAUUGGUGAACACUGUGAACUGAAAGUGCCGACAGAGAACUGUGAAAUCAGCGUAAGAGAGGCUUGGAUUAAGGCGAAAUAUGUAGAGAAACGUUUUGUUUGUGCAAUGCCUAAACCACAUGAGUUGCUUGCUAGUGAAACUGCAGAAAUACUAUCCAUUGAUAGUGGCGGCGGUGAAGGCAGUAGCAUACAUAAAUUAGAUACUACAAGUUUAUGUAAAACGUUAUCUUUAGGUGCGCGAAAAUGGGCAGUGAAAAAGUAUCGCAGACGUGGUCAUAGAAAACGCAAGCGUUCCAGUUCAAAAUCUGAUGAGGAUGAUGAUAAUGAAUCUCUAGAUAUACCUUCAAUGUCGUUGAGUAUAUCACGUGAAGACUUACUUGUUAUUGGCGAAGAAUUAACAACAGAGUGUCUUUCAAUGCCAGCUAUUCUUGGUUCAGAUCAAGAAUCUACAGAAGGCGAAAAUGAACCAGAAGUGCUGGAUGAAAUCCCAUUUUCGAAAUUAGAUGCAAAUCUUAUGUUGUAUAAAGCGUCAAAAGUACAUAAUUUGCCCGUCAUGUGCAUGGCUUUUGCUUUGGGUGCUAAUAAGCAUUGGAGAAAUGUGAGUGAUUUCAAUCGCACUUUUCUACAUCAAGCCGUUUUGUCUGGUUCAGUUAUGGCUUGCGAAUAUUUACUUCUAAAUGGUGUACCGAUUGACGCAGUCGAUGAUAAUGGUUUAAGUGCACUGCAUAUGUCUACAGAUAAAGGUUACAUCGCACAAGUGUAUUUACUAUUGAAACAUAAAGCAAAAUAUGACACUGAAUCAAACGAUGGUAAAAAACCUUUGGAUAUUGCAGUUGAUCAACGUAAUGCCGAUAUUGUCACACUUUUACGUCUGACGCGUCUUAACGAUGAAAUCGGACUUAACGACGAAGGUAACGGAGAAGAUGAAACUUACAAAGAUGUGAUGAAAGAUUUUUCGCACUUUGCAGCAAGUCAACCACGUAUGUUGCGAAAUCGUAAUGAUACAAAUACACUCGAAUCACAACGUUCCUCAUUAACGAAUUCAGAUUAGUUUUAACCAGCUGAAAUAGUAAAAUGUAUUAAAGAUCUGCAUAUCGUUGUUAGGCAAAGAAAAUAAAGCACUGAAAAUGAACAGGAAAUUAUUUGCAUAUAUACAUACGCCAGAGUGAUUGACGUUUAGUUUUAUUUAUAACUGCUUUAAAUAUAAAAUAAUUCAAUAAUUUUACAUGUUAUUGUAUGCUUCGAAAUCAUUCGUAUUGUUAAAUAUUGA